CCUCAAAUCAAAUCUACCAUCGCCUCUCUCCCCUCCCCGAUCUCUGCAUUUCAACAGUGAGAAAAUGGCCGGCAAGCUUCAAGGAUUGCCACCUCUCAAGAGGUUCAUUCUGAUGCAAAAACACCAAGAAAAUGGUCCCGAUUCCUCAAAUCUUCCUGCAAAAAAGAGAAAAUUAGGGAAAGCACUGCAGCCCGAUUCUCUUCCUUCCACCACCUGUUGCCUUCCGGCCAAGAAAAGAGUCUGGGCAAUCCAGCCACUGGAUCUCAAUGUCCAGUACAACCCAGUAAUCGAGGAUGAGAUUUCAGAGAAGAGGUCAUCAAAAGAAGUGUACUUUUCACAAAAUCAAGAACCGGGCAAGUCUGCAAUUCCUGACCAAGGUAUGGAAGAUGACGAUGGGAUUGCGUGUGCCAUAUGCGGAAGCACUGAUGGUGACCCAUCAGAUCCCAUAGUUAUCUGUGACGGUUGCGAUCUAAUGGUCCACACCACCUGCUACGGCCAUCCCUUCUCAACUAAGGGUGUGCCAGAAGGUGAUUGGUUUUGCUCUCAAUGUCUGGAAAAACCUGAAAAACCGAUUUCUUGCUCCCUCUGUCCGGCUUCUGGGGGCGCUCUCAAGCCGACCAGUGAUGGAAAAUGGGCUCACCUUGUCUGUGCCCUCUUUGUCCCGGAGGUGUUCUUCACCGACCCGGAUGGCCGUGAAGGGAUUGAUUGCAGUAAAGUGCCUGAUUGGAGAUGGGAUAACAAGUGCUAUGUGUGCAAGUCAAGAAAAGGGUGUGCUCUUGAUUGCUCUGAGCUCAAUUGCCCAUUGGCCUUUCAUGUAACUUGUGGCUUGAAACAAGAUUUGUGCAUUGAGUAUAACCAAGGACGAACUAAGGGUGCCAUAGUUGCUGGAUUCUGCAGAGCCCAUACUGAUUUGUGGAAAAAGCAACAACAAACUGGUAAGUUCAGGAUUGUUGCAAGAGAUUAGAUAGAGAAAAGUUGGAGAGUGAAGAUCUUGGAUGGAAAUUGUUCAAAUCUACAAAGAGAAGUGACAGCUUUUUGACAUGUGUGAAGUUUCAUUUAUGAUUUGAUCUAAUAAUAGCAUUUACUUUAG